GGCCUUGGCAGUUCUGACAAAAACAGCCCCCGGGCCCGGUUCGUGCGGUUCGCGGGCUGACACCAGGACUUCCCUGUUUGAUGCCAGGAAUACUUGGAGCUUCGCUUUUGUUUGGCCAACUGCGCCUGGCGAGCCACUGCGGAAAGCGCCGAUGAAAUAUCGCCAGCAGUUUUGUAGGGAGACUUGCGAGGCUGAAAUACGGGGCCAGUGGUCCGUAUGACAGCAGUGUUGCUGCGGUAGUGCCAAGGCUAGCAGUGCUACUGUAUCUCGAAACGUUGUGAGUAAAAAUGCGCGCCGCCGGCCUGCUCCGGACCUGUGGCUGUGACGUGCCCUUGGUGAUAUUUCUCGCAACCUGGUUGCUUCCGGCGUCGACGCACGUGCGGUCUAUGUCGUACUUCGAUGAGGAAACAUUUGACAGCGAUCCCGAUCAUCUGAGAUGUCCAGAGGAUAAGAUCAUUACGGAAGUGUACCCGUGUCCAGACAAGGACGGCAACAACGUGGCCAAAUGUUUCAGGCGCAGAUGCUGUCCCGGCUAUCACUACGUACUCGGCCGCUGUGUAUCAGAAGACAUGGACGUGUGUGCGGACACCCCCUGUGAGCAGCAGUGCACCAACAACUUCGGGCGGGUCCUCUGCACCUGUUACCCGGGAUACCAGCUGGACAAGCAGCGAUACUUGGCGGGAAAGAAACCCUACUGUAUCGAUCUGAACGAGUGUGAGUUUGAGAACGGCGGGUGUACCCAGCUGUGUGUGAACACGGAGGGAAGUUACCGCUGUGCGUGUAAACAGCAGUACAGACUCAGCAACGACAGCAAGACCUGUGUGGAAACAGCUACCGUGACGGAAACCCCCAGACCGGAAGUGCACCUGGAGCGCAUUCCAGCCAAGGACAGGUGCGCAGCCAGCUGCAACCAGGUGCAGAUCGUGGAGGAGAAGAUGACAAAACUUGAAAGGAAGUUUGACGUCUUCACGUCCACCUACAAGCCGCCCAAAACCUCUGCGCUGAAAGAUGGCCCCGUCACCGCCGUGGAGCUGGCCGUACCCGCGCCGCCCGGCCCUGCAGGACCCGUGGGACCCCGGGGGCCACCCGGCAGGGCCGGAGCGCAGGGCCCUGCCGGUCCUCAGGGGGACACGGGCCCCGCCGGCCCGCCCGGACCCAGAGGGCUGCCCGGUGUGUCCGGCCCGCCAGGACCAGGAAAAACUGGCCCACAGGGGAAUCAGGGACAAAAGGGUGAGAGAGGAACUCCAGGACCAAGAGGACUACCCGGUGCUCCGGGAUCUUUUGAGUUCCUGCAGCUGAUGUUCUCGGACCUCCGGCGGGAGGUGGUUGAACUGCAGCGGGCGGUGUUCGGCGGCGAGCGCGCGCACGCUCACGUUCCCAUGACAACGGCGGUGGGGACGGACGAGCCGGCGGAGCAGCCCGCCCCCCAGCGGACAGACGGGGAACUGCAGCACAGACCGGACACCGGGCAGAACCAGCUGGAUUUCGUGGACUCCGGGUCGGGAGAGGAGGGACGGGACGAGCAGGAUGCAGAUUAGGUGUUGUUUAAGGCCCCCUUUUCACUGUAUUUGUUUCUGGGUGAGAUUGUGAACUUUUUGAAGGACUCUUUAAGUGAACUGAGAAUACUUCAUCAAUGUAUCAUGCAAGUAUCUAUCUGCUUCCAGCCAAUUGGGAAUCACAGAGUUGAACCACAUCAUUCAUUACCUGCCUGGUCACAGUUUUACUCGAGAACAUUCAGUUCACAAAAUCUCCACCGAGUGCUAUCAUUACUGGUAUAUCAUGCUUGUUGCUGCAGUUCUAAUGGAGGCUGAAAGUCAUGUAGCUAUGUGGUUUUGUUUCCAGAUGUAGUUUGAUAAACAAUGUAGUGACACUGUUACUGACAACAAGGUAGCAUGACUCUGUAUGAGUGGGCCUAUUACCCUACUUCGAAAGUACAAUGUAUGCAAAGAUGAAAUAUAAACAGAGAUGGCAAUAGACUGAGAUAUAAUGUCAAUCACCUUGUAAUAUAGCCAUUAACCUUAAAAAAUAAGUUAAAAUGUCACAGUCAGUUCCAUGUUACAUGUACAUGGUGAGACAUUAUGUGGGUGCUUGUGUGGGAUGUUGUAAAAGUUUAUCUACGUAACAGAACCAACAUAGACUUUACUUAGUAGUAUCAACAGUUACAUAUUAGGCAUUGUUAUAGAUGCCUCCACAUUGAUAACACAUAUACAUGUACAACCGUAGUACUGUACUCUUCUUACCAUAAACAUCAUUACACUUUGGUCUGGACAGUGAGUGAUUGAUUACAGCCAUAUACUAAAAAGUUGAAAUGAUAUACAGCUUACAGCGAGGUACACGUAGGUGUAAAGACUAAGCAGUACAGUUCAGAUAUACAGUCACUCACAUUGACUGGAGGCAUUUUUGUUCCUAGUUGCAGUUCUUAGCGAAAUGUUUUAUGACAUAGAAAUGCUUAUAAUUACAUUACACAAUGGUAGAC